AGAGGAGAAGGUUGAUGUGAUAUUUGCGUCUGAGGGAGGGAGAGGAUACCUCAGUGGGACGGGCAGGUAAACGCCAGACCUCUCACCCGCGGAUGUUUACUGUCAAGGUGUACGCUAUCAUUUAGAUAAUGCUCAGACAUGGUGCCGUGUCAGACCCAUGUGUUGCUAAAGUGGCAGGAGCACUUCAACAGCUCCUGGGCAGCAGAAGACGGUGUCGAGACAGUAAGGAGGCACAGAGCUGCUGAGCUCUACAGUAAGCUGCUUUACAACAAGGAAGUGGUGACUUUGGCGCAGCCCGUGCAAGAACUCAUAGGCCCACGCCUGCCAGACUUUGAGUGCGAGUCCAGUGCCUCAGCAGAGAAGGAAGAUUACCUGUCAUCUCUUCUUCACAGCCAGCGAUGGCUGGCUCACCGCAUGCUGACGCAAACCUCCUACACCUUGGGCCUCCACCACAGGCUGGUAGUUCUCCAGAGGAUCUACUAUGCACUUCACAGCAAAUACCAUGACAAGUUCCGUAUGCAGCUGCCCUCCCAGUCCACAGACAGCGGGGCUGAGUGUGGGCAGCUCGAGUUGCCCUCAGAGCCAUGCCUGCCGGGGGGAGCGUGCAAAGUCAAGUCAGGUACGGAUGUUCUGAUAGAGAUGGGUGUGAGGACAGGUUUGAGUCUGCUCUUCUCACUACUGCAGCAGAACUGGAGAUUUGCGGCGUCCGUGCAUCCGGAGUCGGUGCUUUGUAAUGAUGUGCUGGCCACAGCGUCCUCGGUGCUCACUUCUCUUCCGCCACUUUCUUUGGCUAACGAGAACAAGAUCCCGUCUGUCGGGCUAGACUGCCUGGCUCAGGUGGCUGACUUCUUGAAGAAGACAUCAGUGAGCAGUGGGACUGGUGGUGCAGAUCCCACUGGUCGAAGGCUAGCGCUGGAGCUACUGCUUGGUCUGGCCAUGCAGAGAGGCUCUCUCAAGUUCCUGCUGGAGUGGGUGGAAGUAGCUUUGGCUGCUUCCAUGUCUUCCUCCACCCCCAGUUUGUCUUCCUCCUCAUUGAGCUCACAACAGGCAGCUUGUGUUGGAUUUGAUGUCAUCCAUCAAACUCUAUAUCAAAUGAGGCAAUACUCGGGUUUCCGUGGAGACUCUGCAAAUACUCAGGUGCUAAAGAAGGACGCAGAUGGACUUUGCCAGCUCUCCCAGGCUGCUCUAUGCCUCUUUGAGGAGAUUUGUAAUCUGGCAUCCUACUGCCUGUGCUCAUGCAGCACUGACACAGCUUCUCCUAGUACAGAGAGUGACACGGUCAUGGUGUACGUGUGGGGCAGCAACAGCAGCCAUCAGCUCGCAGAGGGAACACUGGAGAAAAUCCUUCUCCCGAAACUGACACAGGGUUUCAGCGAUGCCCAAAUGAUUGAAGCAGGUCAGUACUGUACAUUUUCUGUAUCUGCGGAUGGUUCAGUGAAAGCGUGUGGAAAAGGCAGCUAUGGUCGUCUGGGCCUGGGCGACUCGAAUAACCAGUCCAUGCCCAAGAAACUUGUGCUGGAGCCACAUAGGAACAUGAAGAAAGUGUCGUCCUCCAAGGGCUCAGAUGGUCACACUUUGGCCAUCACUGUAGAGGGCGAGGUGUUCAGCUGGGGUGAUGGAGAGUAUGGGAAGCUGGGCCAUGGCAACAGUGCUACACAGAAAUACCCCAAAAUCAUACAAGGACCACUGUUAGGCAAAGUUGUAGUCUGUGUGUCUGCUGGCUACAGACACAGUGCUGCUGUGACUAAUGAUGGAGAGCUUUAUACAUGGGGAGAAGGAGACUUUGGCCGGCUUGGCCAUAGUGACAGCCAGAGUCGAAACAUGCCCACAUUGGUGAAGGACAUCAGUGGCGUCGGUCAGGUGGCUUGUGGCAGCUCUCACACCAUUGCUGUAGCACAGGACGGACACACUGUGUGGUCCUUUGGGGGAGGAGACAACGGUAAACUAGGUCACGGAGACACCAAUCGCGUGUAUCGCCCCAAGGUCGUAGAGGCCCUGCAUGGAUUCAUCAUCAGGAAAAUAUGUGCGGGCAGCCAGUCGUCACUGGCUCUUACCUCCGCUGGACAGGUGUUUGCAUGGGGCUGUGGCUCGUGUUUAGGGUGUGGCUCCUCUGAGAUGACCUCUCUGAGGCCCAGGUUCAUAGAGGAUCUUAGUAUCACCAAGAUCAUUGAUAUCUCCUGUGGAGACAGUCACUGUCUGGCUCUGUCCCAUGAGAAUGAAGUGUAUGCCUGGGGGAACAACACCAUGGGCCAGUGCGGCCAAGGCCACACAUCUACACCCAUUACCAAACCUAAGAAAGUCCUUGGUUUGGAGGGAGUGUCCAUUCAGCAAAUCACUGCUGGCACUUCUCACAGCCUGGCCUGGACCGCUGUUCCAACUGACAGGCAACUUGUGGCAUGGCACAGGCCCUUUUGUGUUGACUUGGAAGAGAGUACUUUCACUUAUCUUCGCAACUUCCUAGAAAGUUACUGUGAUGGCAUCGGGAAUGACACACCCCCUGCUCCAUUCUUAUCCAAAAGGGACCAUCAUCAGUUCCUUCUCCUGUGCAUGAAGCUGCUGUCUAUCCAUUUAUCUUUGGCCCAUGCUGGGGGCACUGGUGCCAUGGUUUUGGGGGCUCAAAGCAGACCUCUCCGAAACCUGCUCUUCAGGCUCAUAGACACCAGUAUGCCAGAUUCCAUACAACAGGCAGUUUUGAACACGCUGUCCAUUGGUGCAACCCUGCUGCUGCCUCCACUUAGAGAAAGAACAGAACUGCUGCUCUCCCUCCUUCCUCAGGGCCCUCAGAGCUUAAAUGUCCUCUCCAAAGGACAGCGUCUGCAGUUGGACAUGGUCCUCAGCAGUCUUCAAGACCAGAGUCAUAUAGCUUCUCUACUAGGUUACAGUAAUUUUGGGGAGGUAGCAGCUCUGGGACCCCCUCUGACACCUGCUCUGUCAGUCCGGCCUUCAUCCUCAUCCUCCGUUGACCCCUAUGACCCACUGCACUUAGCAGAGGUGCUCCUCAAAACCCUGCUCCUCAGCAUAGGCUUUUACACGGAACGUGCAUUUGGGGAAUUGGAGAAAAACAGUGACAAGCAGCUUUCUAUCAACCGAGAGGGACAGAGUGAUCCUCCCUGUCACUUCCACCAGCUGCUGUCUGGACUUCACAAACACCUUCUUGCCCACUGCUACAUCUAUUCCAGCUCUGAGGAUGACAGUAGUGUGAUGCUGCUUCGUGAGCAUCUGUGCCUGCUGCUUCCUUGUGCUGCUGAGAGUCUCAAGAGAUCCACCAAACUGUUAAAGGACAGUUCCCUGGAUAAACACAUUAUCAAGAAGCUCAAUUUGGUGUUGUAUAACUCAGUGGCUGGCAGCCUGCUGUGCCAGGUAAUGUACUCCUUACUGCUGCUCCCCCUGAGCACAGUACAACCUCUCCUCAGCCAUUUACUGGCCUUGUUGGAGCACCUCAAUGAUUUCAAUCAGUUGCUGCCAGAGACCGCUCUACUGGAGGAACAGGAACUACAGUUGGAGGCUCAAAAGUCCCAUUUAGAUAAAAGUGAAGGUAACUCAUGCCUUGGACAGCAGCAGCAGGAGGGGGAGUGGGUUUGGCUCUUGGACCUGGAACGGUCUGUAGCGUUGGCAGUUGGCCGUUGCCUUGGUGGAAUGCUGCAAGGCCCGUCACCCUCUCUCCAGGAGAAAACAUCAGAGUUCUGGCUAUCAAAUGUCCUCCUCAGGAAUGGCCUUGAGAUGGACUAUGAACAGCUGGAUUCUGGUGUGGCGUGGCUGGCUGAGAUGGUGCUGCUGGGCAGCAGCGAUUCUAGACUCGCAGAGCUGAGCAUGAAUGAGGAAACCAAGACUUUACUGGAACUGGCACUGGGAUCCUCAAGAGGACCUGCAUGUGGUUUGUGGCAGAAGAUGGAGGAGUAUGCUUACAGCAAAGAAUGGGAGAGCGGAGGCUCUUCAGUCGAGUGUUUGCUGCAGGCGGUCUGUCGUUGCAGUCUUGCUGCUCUUCUGAAGCACACAGGUCUGCAGAAUGAGGCCUGCUGGCAGGACAGAUAUGAACCCUGUGAGAUGCUGGUAGAUGUAUAUGAAACGGUUUAUAAAAUAAAAAGCACUCUGUUGGCACACAAAAACUCUCUAAAGACAUCGCCAGUGCAGGCUGUUACUAAACAGACUGCUCCAUCUCCCCAAAGUCCUGAUACAGACAGGCAAGAGCCAGGGAUAUCUGUGGAACAACAGGUGAAGGAUCAUGUGCAGCAGUCAGGAGGUCACUGUAGCCGGGAGGUGCAGGUGACACCACCUCCCACAGCCAAUCACAACCAGGAGGAUGUUACAGAGGAGGAUGCAUUUGGCAGUGGCCGUAUGUACCUGUCAGAAGUCCUAGAAUCAUUCAUGGCCACCCGGGAGGCCAUGCAAGUUCAGCAGAAUGUGACGGUGUACGAGUCCUUUGGCACUUCCACCCUCCCAAGCAGCAUGGAAAGCCCCAUGAGUCCCGACAGGGAGCCAGACCCCAAGCAGCAGUGGGAGAAGAAGGGGGAUUCGGAGGAAAGCUUGUCUUUCCCUGCUGCCUGCCAUUUGGUGGUGUCCCGCUGUCUCUUCCUCCUUUUAGGAGUCAGACCUGCUUGGGUGGAACCCAGCGAGAGAGAGAAGAGUCCGUCUAUGAACACUGGAUCAAGGAAGUCAUCACCAGACUUUUUUGCAAUGGGUGUUGAUGGCCGUAAACAGUCUGAGCAAUCCAAAAACGCAUUGGGAUCCUCUAAGAAUAAAAUGGGCUUACCUCUGUGCUCUCUGGGUAUCAUGAAAGACGCCUGGGACCGCCUGCGGCAGUGUAUCAGCCCGACCACCACCAUGUCCCACUCUGGCAACAACACUUUGCCAAUUCUUAACCAGGUCUUCCACUUUGCAUGUGGAAGCCUCAUCCACUUGUCAUCCUCCUCACAGUCACUGCCGGGUGGACAGAUGUGCAGUCAGGCAGAUCCAAAAGCCAUUACCUUUGCUAUUCUGCAGCAACAACAGAGGGCUGAGAUGCGCCUGGAGGCUUUGUGUCAGAUGUCAUCCUUCCUUUCCAAAAUGGAGGAAAAGAACAGUGGGCUCACAGAAGUUGCCCUUCAGUUCCCCGCGUUGUUGCAGUCUGUGCAGCUACAGUUCCUCUCUGGAUGCUUCGCUUUGGGAACACAAAUCAUUGGCUCUCACUCUGGAGUUAACUAUGAGACGCAGCAUUACAUGUCUGGCACAUGCGCAGCCUCUAUGGACACACAAAGAGAGCUACAAUCUGCAGCUCACACCUUCUACCAGCAGGUGGUAUGUGUCCUAAGACAGAGAGUUCUGUUGGAAGAAGAACAUACAGGUUCCUGCCAUCAUCUCCUCCUAGCCACAAUGUUUGCACUUAAUUUUUGUUAUCAACCCGUGGACCUGGUGCUGGUCAUCAAAUGUGGCAUCCUGGAAGUCCUUUCAAAGCUGACCAACAACAGCUGUGCUCUGAUGAACCAGAGCUGGUUUGCGGCGUCUACAUCUGGAUCCAUGCUACUAAGUGGGGCUGUCAGAUUAGCUUCUACACGCCUGCUUCAGAUACUGACUGUAGCUGCAAGCUCCAGUGAGGAUUUACUGCCCAUUGAUGUAUCCCAUGCUCUAAUGGAGGUGAUGUGUGAUCAGCUCCAAAAUGUCCUGCACACUUUUCACCAGCAGCACACAGCUGAGAGAACCGAUCCAGACUCUAACAGCAGGAGCGCAAAUCUAGUUGGAGUGGAAAGCAUCAAAGUGGUUGAAUCUCAGCUUGCGGAUUUCUUGGUAUUCCUGAGGCGUGUGAUGUCAUUAAGAAUCAUGAAAAGACUCUCCACUUUUGUCAAAUGGCUUGAUCCACUCAUGGCCAUUAUUUCGCAUAAGUGCCCUUUAGGCUUCCCUUGCUUCCAGAACCUUCGCACUAAGCUCUUGGCCUUUCAUGUGCUAGAAAGGUUGUUACCUGCUUGUUCCGAGCCAGUUCAAAUUCAACAGAUUAUUAAACAACUCUUUCAGCUCUUGUCUGUUUAUAUGUGGGAGGAACCACAAGCAGAGAGAAACCAUGAAAUGGCUGAAAAAGACACCGGGAACCCUGGCAGCUAUGAUGAAUGCAUUCCCAUUGGAGAUUUUUCCUUUGACCCACACAAGAUUGUCUGUUGUUCUUUGGAGAGUGGGAACGUCCUCUCGCAUGGUUCAGGAGGGAAAGGUUAUGGCCUUGCGACCACUGCUAUCACCUCUGGCUGUUUCAUAUGGAAAUUCCAGAUCACCAAAGAGAACAGAGGCAAUGAGGGCACAUGCAUUGGUGUAUCACGCUGGCCAGUCAAAGAUCACAACCACCAUACCACCACCGACAUGUGGCUUUAUCGUGCUUAUAGCGGGAACCUGUACCACGGAGGGGAACUGGUUCGCACGCUUCCCUCUUUUACCCAGGGUGACACCAUUACCUGCAUCCUAGACAUGGAGGGUCACACUAUAUCAUUUGCUAAGAAUGACAAGGAGCCGAAGUUGGCAUUUGAAGGUGUGGUUGCCUCUGAACUGUAUCCUUGCGUUUUGUUCUACAGCAGUAAUCCUGGAGAGAAGGUGGCACUGCAUGACCUCCAAAUGAGAGGCAUGCCCAGUAAUCUGCUUCCUGGAGAUCCUCUCUGCAGCCCUCGGUUGAUGGUGCUCCUGGAGUCGACAGUGCGACUCCUGCGGAGGCUCCAUCAGUGUGACCACUGGGCCUUGCACAUCAACCAGUACAUCCACAGUCACCUGGAGCUCAUUGGAAUCUUGUUGAAAGAGGACGACUUCGGAAACCUCAGUCAGGGCUUCAGUCCCUCACACUUUGAGAGAGAAGAAAACCAGAGAGACAAAGACUUGGCUGGGGACAACACGGGGGAGCUGCUCGCACAUCGCCGGCCCCUGUCAGAGGCCAAGCUGUCUGCUCUGUGCAGUGAAGUGUGGCCAGUUCUGGCCCUGAUCGGUGGAGUCGACAAUGGUCUUCGGGCUGGAGGUCUGUGCAUGCACAAGCCCAGUGGACGCAGGGCGAUUCUGCUUGGUGUCCUGAAAGAAGGAAGCUCACUGACCAAGCUCCAGUGGGAGGAAGCAGACCUCUCUGUCAGCUCCAUGAAUUCUUGGUCACCCAGCGACACGCCAAUCAUCUCUCUGGAGCCCUGUGACAUUUCCUGCUGCGAUGUCACCAGACUCGGUGGCCUCAAGCCCACAGUGCUGUUAGAUCUGAUUUAUUUGAUGGGGCUGCUGGAGGAGCAGGGGUGGCUGGGAGCUUAUUCCGCCCCUAAAAGGAAACACUCAGAGGAGAACUCAGAGACCCAGAGCUGUCUAGACGAAGACAGGUCGGAUGAAUUCAGAUGGCAGACGGAAGACGAGAGGAAGAAGUUGAAGGAUCAGAAAGUUGAGUCAGACCCUUUCAUUUUACCAUCCUCAACCAAAGAUGUCACAAUAACAGACCAACAUGAGUCGCCCUGUCUACCCCUACCUCACCAAACAUCUCAGACCUCUAAAGUAGAUGCCUUUGCACUUGAACUGAGAGCAGUCCGGGUCUCAUAUCUUCUCACUGGAGCUUUGAAAUCCCUUACUGUCAUUUUUAGCUGUGAGAAGCUUUCGGAUAUGCUUUUGGUGCCUAAACACGAUGCUUCCAGCUCUUCACCGAUUCCUGUUUCCAGCCUAAACCCUGACCAGGCUAAGGCCAGCUGCAAACAGUGGGAUGAGAGUGCUGAGCUGAGAUCAGUGCUGCAGUAUGUGGUGCAGAGCAUGGUGAAGUGGGCAGUCAGACCUUGUCCCAUCAAACAGAGUGUGUCUCUGACUGACCUGGAAAGGGCUCAGGUCAUGAUCUACAAAGGAGCCCUGAACAGACUGCAGGAGGACAAAGACCGCAAAGAGUCAGGCCACCAUGUGUCCUCUCAGCCCAUCUCCAAGUCCUCCAGCUCUGUGUCCUUGUACAGUGCAGGUUCAGAAGGCACUGCCAUCUUUGGCCAAUCCAACAGAGCCUCUGCAUCAUCCUCUAACACCGAUUUGGCAUCUUCUCUGCCAAUAAACCUGCAGGCAGAUGGCCUGGAAAAUUUCAACCCUUUCCUCCCCAUCAGCCUCCUCCAGCACAUGGUGCUAACUCGGUUCCCUACGCUUACCGGCCUGGUUAGUGCUCCCCCUGUUCUGCACCCCUGCUUCAGCCUGGCCAGCUCUGCUUCUUGUGAUGCCUUCACAGAGCAGCAGACUAGCUUUAUGGAACCGGGUCCCUGCAGCACACAGGCCAGAAGCAGCCUGGAACGGACACAAAUGUUUGUCACCAGUCGGUUGCUAGAAAUGGGAUUCUCUAUGAGACAUAUCUACUGGGCCAUGGAGGCAGCAGAUGUUGCAGGUGACUUGGACUCACAGACCAUUGAGGUGUUGGCCAGCUGGAUGUUGGAGCACCCCCUGACUGAGGAGCAGCAGGCAGCUGAAACACCGAGGCCUGAGGAUGCACCCGAGACCCCGUCCCCAGAUGGGCCAGAGACAGUGCAAUGUCCUGAGCGCGCCACAAGUCAACCCAAUGAGAGUCUGUUGCCAGGGUUAGACUGGAUAGAGAGGGAGAACUUCUUGGAUGUGCACCUGACCAGGAACAGACCUCCUCCAGCGCGGCUUCGUCGCUCAGGCUCAACUCAGAGGACGUCCUUUCGAAGGGCAGACCUGCCAUCACCAAACCCACUCCCACAGCUUUACCAACAGCACACAGUAGUCAGUGAGUGGCCUGAGCAGGUAGAAUUUCAUCCUUAUUCUGCUGAGGAGGAGUCAGAGUUGGGCUACAUGGAUGACCCAUACCACGAGGAAACCUAUGAGGACCUGCUCACUCCCUCUUUCUUCAAUUUGGAGAGAGACACACUCCAGAUAGUAGAGACCGGAGAAGAACACAGUCAGAUGGUGAAGUGUGAAUUGUGCAACACCCUCACCCUGCAAUUUAACAAUCAUAUAAAGCGGCGUCACCCAGGUUGUGGGCAGAGUGCUGCGCGGAAGGGUUACGACAGCACUGGGGCCUACGUGGAUGUGUGGUUCAAAGGGGAAUGUGGCUCCAACUUUCCGUUCUACCUCCUCUGCAGCUCCUGCAGGGAAAAGUAUCUGGCCGCAAACCUAAGUGACACAAACUCCAAGUAUGAAAGGAUUAAAGGUCUGACAUCUGAUUUGAUUGGCCAGUUGGACAGCACAUCUGAUGAUGAUUGGGAAAUAAGCCACCAAGAGUGUGACACAGACAAGCUCACUGGACUGGAGGACAUCGGGCUCCUGCUGAGACCACUGGGGCUGACUGAAAAGAAGCUGGUGCCAGACCCCAUUGUUUUCACUGAACCAGAUCCACUCGGGGCCCGGGUUUACAGCUCUGCUGACCCAGCGAGAGUAGUACCUCCCAAAGGAAAUGUCCUCGUUGAGCAGAAGACUUGUCUGAGCCUUGGACAGCAGGCGGUAUCACUGAGAGACUCUCAAGAUAGACUGAGGGCUUUGAGAAGAGUCACCUCUACAGCCCAGAUCCUGUUAGCCUACAACAUGGUGAUGAGAGCACUGUCUCAGACGGCUUCUAGCGCCUCAGUUUGCAGCCAGUCUAAUGGAUUGGAGUCCUUGGGUCUGGCAGAUAUUCGUAUCCUGGUGCGGCUGAUGACCCUAGCAGCGGGGGGAAGGGCGCACACCUGUGUAGACAGACAGUCAGGUGUGAAAGGGCUGGCGACAGAGCGAAACAACUUCACUUGCCUCAGCUUCCUAACCUCGGCCAUUGGCAGUGUGGUAUCCCAUAGCUCUACUGCUUACAGACAGCUAGUGGAGAUAUGCACUCAGAACCUAAUGGCAGCAGCUACAGGGGUGAACAUCGGUGUCAUCAGUGAUUCACAGCAGCGAGGUUCUCUGAACUCUCGUACAUCAGCUGCUGCACAGCCACAGAGAGACUGCAGUGACCAGACACCACCAACGUUCCUGGUCACACAAAGUCUGGUGUCCCUGCUGACUGAAAAGGGUGUUCACUGCUCCAGCCCAGACAAAGCUGAACACGAGGGGAAUGAUGCAGGAAACCAUGGGGGGUCUUCUUCAUCCUUGCCUCCUUCCCCUUUACCCCUCCUGAGCUCCAGGGUCAGCCCCCUGGAGCUGGCUAAUGCGUUGGCAGCGUGUGUUCUCUCAGCCAGGCUGACCAGUGUACAUCGCCACUGGGCAGCACAGCAGCUCGUCCAGGCCUUGGCUGCCACAGGAAGAGACAUUCCUAAUCGUCCCCAAACUUACAGUGACCUGGCUGGUGAUUUACGCAAAUGUCCUCUCAAGAGGCUGGAAGGACAUUACAACAAGGUGGCUAGCUGUUACUGGAGUAGUGAGCAGAAUUUGCUGGCUACAUGCUCUCAGGACAAGGUGGUGCAACUAUGGAGCAUGAGCCACAACACAGCCGAGUUACAGACCACCUUCUCCUGUAUUACAAGUAAGACGGACCGCUCCAACAGUGAGAUGGCAGGUCGGUGUCAUCACAUGUCUCCUGUCUGCUGGAGCACAGGGGGAAACUUUCUGGCUGCCCCUGAAAACAAACACAUCAACAUCAUGAGCAUCAGGGGCUCUCACUGUCAUGUGGAGGCUCAGGUGUCCCGGGUCACGGCCCUUUGCUGGGCUCAGACCUUCAACUUGUGGGUUCUUGAGCAGCCUGCAGGAAAUAAGAAGAGACCUGCCGAAAGCCUGUUAGUGGGUCGGCUGGACGGCUCUCUCUGUUGGCUGCAGGUCACAAUGCAGGAAAUAGAUUUGCAAGUGAAGAGCACUGAACUCAAUUCCUGCCACAGAAAUGAAGCCCCACAAUGUGUUGCCUGGCACAGUGAGGACAAGCCAUUUGCAGUGGGCUAUUCCAAUGGAAAGAUCCUUUUGGCCACAACUGAGACUUGCGAGAAUGAGCAGCCUGUUGUGCUGUCUGUCUUCCAGGACAGCGUGACUUCUUUAAAAUGGGACCCUACAGGACACCAGCUGCUCUGUUUUGGGAGGUCAGAGGUAACAAAGAUUCUUGGACGCUCUGGAGGCACCUGGGUGACCCUGCACUCCCUCGUUCACAGCAGCUCUGUUAACAUUGCUGAAUGGUGUCCACUCGCUGGCAGAGCACCUGAUCCCAGGCUCAUGAUGGCUGUAGGCUGUCAGAAUGGCUCUGUGUAUGUCUGGACUUUGCCACAAGGGGGCACCGCUGUGUCUUUGUACAACAUACUGAACAACUCUUCAAGCCAAGAUAAAGACAAUGAUGUCAAGGACAGUGCAAAGUGUGUGUUUGUUCUCCAUGGACACAUUACAGCAGUGAAGUCAUUAUCAUUUUGCUCCAGUGGACUGACUCUAGUUUCUGGAGGGAUAGGGGGACUGCUCAACAUCUGGUCCUUACAGGAUGGUUCAGUCUUACAGACCGUAACAGGUUUGGGUUCAGUCGUCAGUACUACCUGGAUACCGAACUUGGGUGUUGCUGCCUGCUUUGGAAGGUCAAAGGAUGUUUUGUUGAUUUGCUGCAACCCUGACUGGAUCAGUCAAAAUCACGUCCUACCUUCCUGCCGAAUGGUUCUCAGAAGCCAGAACAUCCUGGGUCUAAAUCGUGCCCCAUGUCUGGCUGUCUUCCUGGAGAGGCUGCCUUUGCUGUUGCAGGAGCAGUACAACCAUGAGCGGACCCACGUUGCGGCAGGUGAUCAGCUCGUCCACAGUGCCUUCCUUCAGAGUCUGGCCUCCUUGGCGGUUGGUCUGUCCUUGGAGAAACACCUGUGCCGUUUCCCACACCCCCCUCAUCACACCAGCACUGACGCCAACUCCUGCCCUUCAGAGUGGAGCUGGCUCGCCACCUACGCCAUUACUGUGCGCAGUGCUGAGGCUAUUGCCAGUGGCACUGCAUUCCCGGAGUCUUUCAUUGUUUCAGAGUUUCAGGAGGUGGAAGCCAGUGAAAGCAUCAAGGCACUGGAUAAUAGCAAGUGGAGUUUCCGGAUGGAUGAACAGCUGAUGUCUUGGGCAACCACUAGACCCGAGGACUGGCAACAGGGGGGUAAGAGUGAGGUUUACCUGUGGGGGAAUGGACGUUAUGGACAGCUGGCAGGAAUGGGAACCAACCUCAUGAUGCCAACUCUUGCACCUACUCUAUCACAGACACAGCAGGUUGUGUGUGGUCAGAACUGUACCUUCCUGGUCCAGUCCAAUGGGACUGUGUUAGCUGUCGGGGAAGGACAAUAUGGCAGACUGGGUCUGGGGAAUUCCGACGAUCUCUAUGUUCCCACUGUUAUUUUUGCUUUUCAAGGGUAUGUGGUGACUCAGCUGGUGACAUCAUGUGGAUCAGAUGGACACUCCAUGGCCUUGACUGAGACGGGGGAGGUGUUCAGUUGGGGUGACGGAGAUUUUGGAAAACUGGGGCACGGCAACAGUGAAAGGCAGAGAAGACCCAAACAGAUUGAGGCCUUACAAGGAGAAGAGGUCAUUCAGCUUUCUUGUGGUUUCCGUCACUCAGCUGUGGUAACAGCAGAUGGGAAACUGUUCACCUUUGGCAGUGGUGAAUCUGGCCGCCUUGGUCAGCGGUCAACAUCCAAUAAGAUGCUGCCUGAACGAGUGGCAGCGUUGGAGGGAUAUCAUGUGGGGCAGGUAUCCUGUGGCCUCAACCACACUCUGGUGCUUUCCCUUGAUGGCAUGGUUGUGUGGGCAUUCGGAGAUGGGGAUUAUGGCAAAUUAGGAACUGGUUCCUCUACAGCAAAGUACUAUCCCCAGAAAGUGGAGCAGCUGUGCAACAAGGGAAUUAAGAAGGUCAACUGUGGAACUCAGUUUUCCGCUGCAUUGUCCUGCGAUGGACAUGUUUACACAUUUGGACAAGAACGUCUGAUCGGUCUGCCCGACUCCAUGCUGAAGAACAAGUCCUGCCCCCAGGUGGUGCCGUCACUGGAAGGGUUGUUCAUAGAAGACGUAGCUGUGGGCUGUGAACAUGUCCUCGCUCUGUCCUCCACUGGGGAUGUCUAUGCCUGGGGCUGCAACAGUGAGGGACAGCUCGGUCUUGGUCACAACAACCCAGUGAGGGAGCCCACACUCGUAACAGCCCUUCAGGGGAAAAACAUCAGGCAGAUUUCUGCUGGCCGCUGCCACAGCUCAGCAUGGACCACCCCCUCUACCUCGCUGAAAAACUCGGGUGGCUCUGGAAAUUUCCAACUUGGUCUUCCCCAGUCAGUCCCUCCUCAGUACAACACCCUGAAAGACUGCAGUCCUGAUGUCCUCAGCAUGCGCCUCAGAGUUCUUUACCACUUCUCUGAUCUCAUGUACAAGUCCUGGAGGCUGCUCAACCUGGACACCAAAAAUCCAGUGUCUACUUCACGCUACAGUUCAGGGACCGCCGCCAUCAUCCGGGGCGAGCUCCGAGGUCUACUAUCACCCAAGGUCAACACUCUUCCUCUAGUGCGCUGUAUCGGCAGAACAAUGACCCAGGGCAAAACAUAUGGGCCACAGAUCACUGUGAAGCGCAUUUCCACAAGAGGGCGUUCGAGCAAGCCCAUCUUCGUGCAGAUUGCAAAGCAGGUAGUGAGCUUGAAUCCUCUGGAGCUUCGGUUACCAUCACGAGCCUGGAAAGUAAAGCUUGUUGGGGAGGGAGCUGAUGAUGCUGGUGGCGUGUUUGAUGACACCAUCACUGAAAUGUGCCAGGAGUUGCAGUCUGGUGUGGUGGAUCUUCUGAUUCAUACGCCCAACAGCUUUGCAGAUGUUGGCAGUAACACUGACAGGUUCCUGCUGAACCCAGCAGCACUGUCCGAGGAUCACAUUGUCCAGUUUCGCUUCUUGGGCAUUCUUAUGGCCGUGGCCAUUCGCACCAAAAAGCCUCUGGACUUGCAUCUCGCUCCUUUGGUGUGGAAACAACUCUGCUCAAUGCCACUGGGAGGGCCCGACCUUGAGGAGGUUGACUUGCUCACCUACCGCACUCUCCAAGGCAUCCUUCAUCUGGAAAAUAGUGGAAUCACAGAGGAUAAUUUCCAUGUGAUGAUUCCCCUGGACUCAUUUAUGGCUCACAGUGCUGAUGGAAGGUUGGUACCUGUGGUUCCUGGGGGUCAGAACAUUUCUUUAACUUUUGCCAACCGGACUGAAUAUGUGGAGAGAGCUCUGGACUACCGGCUGCAUGAGAUGGAUUCACAGGUGGGAGCAGUCAGAGAGGGCAUGUCCACCAUCAUCCCCGUGCCCCUUCUCUCCCUGCUCACAGCGCAGCAGCUGGAACAGCUGGUGUGUGGUCUGCCAGAGGUCUCGGUUGAGAUGCUAAAGAAGCUGGUGCGUUACCGUGACAUCACCGAGAGCCACCAGCUCAUUGGCUGGUUCUGGCAGAGCCUCGAGGAGUUCACCAAUGAGGAGCGGGUGCUCUUCCUCCGUUUCGUCUCUGGCAGGUCCAGGUUGCCUUCCAACCUCGCUGAUAUCACGCAAAAGUUCCAAAUCAUCAAGGUCGACAGGCCCAUCAAUGGCCUCCCUACUGCUCAGACCUGCUUCUUCCUACUGCGCCUGCCCCCCUACACGAGCCAGGCUGUUCUCGCUGAGCGAUUGCGGUACUCCAUCCACAACUGCCCCUCCAUCGACAUGGACAACUACAUGCUGACCCACAACACGGAGCCGGCAGACAGCUCCGACACCGAGGACUGAGGCAGAGGGAGCUGCAAUUAACACAGUAAUGAAUGUAUCUUCUCCGAUGCCAUGCACAUUAUGCACUGAACACAAACUUCUUAUUGGCCAAAACCUGUAUAUGUUUGUUUGAUUUAGAGAUACGUGUAGUUUUGAUUUCCUGUGCAAGGUGUUGUAAUUAUCGCAGUGCUUACUAUAAAUCAAAACAACAGGGAUACACAAUAAGAUAAGACGAAAAAAAAUAUAUAAUAGUAUAUAUAUAAAUAGAGGUGAUUAAGCCACAGUAAGGAGAGUUAAUGUGCCUGUUUGAAAAUAUGUAAUAAUUUAUUGACCUGUCACUCAUAGGCCGUAAUAUUGUAAAAUAAAGAAUGUUUAAAUACGGA